AGAGAUUGUCACAGGAAGCGGAAGCGGCAUCUCGCAGCGGUUCAGGAAGCGCAGUCAUGGCUGAUGUGAAAGAUGCUCUAGUUUCUGUGCUGCCGACCAUUCGGGUACCUCGUGCUGGGGACCGAGUGCACAAGGAUGAAUGUGCCUAUUCCUUCCAUACUCCGGAAACAGACAGCGGAUUAUAUAUUUGCAUGAAUACAUUUCUGGGAUUUGGGAGACCCUAUGUUGAGCAGCAAUACAACAAGACUGGGCAGAGGGCCUUUCUGCAUGUCAAGAGAACUCCUAAAAUGAAAUCCGAUGAAUCCAAUUCUGGCACAGGUGACCCUCCACGCAAGAAGCCGACUCGCUUAGCCAUUGGAAUGGAGGGUGGCUUUGACAUGAGCGAGGAACAGUGUGAGUAUGAGGAAGUGCUGAAGCUGGUCAUUCUGCCCGAGUUUCUGGAGAUUCCACGGGAUGGACUGUUGGGGCUCCCGGAUAUGGUCAGGGAUCGGGUGACGUCUGCUAUUGAUGCCAUACUGUCUGCUGACUCUGCCUCCCGGAAACAGGACAUUCAGGCCUGGGAUGGGGAAGUGAGGCAGGUCUCCAAACAUGCACGCAAUCUGCAGCAGCUUGAGGGAGUUCCUCGUAUUCCACCAUGCGGAUGGAAGUGCAGUGUAUGUGACCUGCGGGAGAAUCUGUGGCUCAAUAUGACAGACGGCGCCAUCUUUUGUGGAAGACGUUACUUUGACGGCAGUGGCGGAAAUAACCAUGCGUUACAGCACUACCAAGAAACAGGCUUCCCUUUAGCAGUGAAACUAGGCACCAUUACACCCGAUGGAGGCGAUGUAUAUUCCUAUGAUGAGGAUGAUAUGGUUCUGGACCCUAACCUGGCAGAGCAUCUCUCACACUUUGGCAUUGAUAUGAUGAAGAUGCAGAAGACGGAUAAGACCAUGACAGAACUGGAAAUCGACAUGAACCAACGAAUUGGGGAGUGGGAGGUGAUUCAGGAAUCUGGUGUACAGUUGCAGCCCCUCUAUGGUUCGGGGUACACUGGCAUCCAGAACCUUGGAAACAGCUGCUACCUCAAUUCAACCAUGCAAGUCCUCUUCAGCAUCCCUGCCUUCCAACGCAAAUAUGUUGACCGUAUGGAGCAUAUUUUCCGGAAAUCUCCUGCUGAUCCAACACAAGACUUCAACACCCAAGUGGCCAAGCUUGGAAAUGGUCUGUUAUCUGGGGAAUACUCAAAGCCAGCUCUAGAGAAAGACAAUGACACAGCUCCAGAACAUAAGGGCCUUCAGGAUGGGAUCGCUCCAAGAAUGUUUAAGGCACUUGUUGGGAAGGGACACCCUGAGUUUUCCACCAACAGGCAACAAGAUGCUCAGGAAUUCUUCCUGCACUUUAUAAAUAUGAUUGAGAGAAACUGCCGCAGCUCAUCCAACCCUAAUGAAGUUUUCCGUUUUCUGGUGGAGGAGAAGAUUAAGUGUCUGGUGUCUCAGAAAGUGAAGUAUACACAGAGGGUUGAGUACAUGCUGCAACUUCCUGCGCCCAUGGAGGCUGCACUCAAUAAGGAGGAGCUGUCUGCAUAUGAGCAAUGCCGACUCCAGGCUGAACGUGAGCAUCGCCCCCCUCCAGAAAUAGUCCGGGCACGUAUUCCUUUCACAUCUUGUUUAGAGGCAUUUGCUGCCCCCGAGCAGCUCGAUGAGUUCUGGAGCGCCGCUCUUCAGGCCAAAUCCAAUGCACUCAAGACUUCCCGCUUUGCCUCAUUUCCCGAUUACUUGGUCAUUCAAAUCAAGAAGUUCACUUUUGGCCUUGACUGGGUACCCAAGAAACUGGAUGUCUCUAUUGAAGUCCCAGAUGAAUUGGAUCUUUCUGAAUUUCGGGGUGGGGGGCUUCAAGGGGGGGAAGAGGAGCUCCCAGAUGUUGCCCCCCCAUUGGUCACACCCGAUGAGCCCAAAGGUAGCCUUGGUUUCUAUGGCCUCGACGAUGACGACUCGUACUGCUCCCCUCACUUCUCCUCUCCGACAUCUCCAGUGCUGGAUGAGUCGGUGGUUACACAGUUGGUAGAGAUGGGAUUCCCAGCAGAGGCGUGCCGUAAAGCUGUCUAUUACACAGGCAACAGCGGGGCAGAGGCUGCUAUGACGUGGGUGAUGUCACACAUGGAUGACCCAGAUUUUGCCUUGCCUCUGUCUGGGGCUAGUGCACCCUCAUCAGUUAGUACCGGAGGGGAUCCACCCUCUGAGGAACAUGUUGCAACAAUAAUAUCCAUGGGCUUCUCCCAGGACCAAGCAGUGAAAGCUCUCCGUGCCACUAACAACAACUUGGAACGUGCUGUCGACUGGAUCUUCUCUCACAUCGAUGACUUGGAUGCUGAGGCUGCCAUGGAUUUCUCUGAGGGUCGCUCUGCUGCAGAGUCUGUCUCUGAAAGUGUCCCUGCUGCGGGACCUCGUGUGAGGGAUGGAGCUGGCAGAUAUGAGCUUUUUGCCUUCAUCAGUCACAUGGGCACGUCCACCAUGUGCGGUCACUACGUGUGUCAUAUAAAGAAGGAAGGAAGAUGGGUGAUCUACAACGAUCAGAAAGUCUGUGCUUCAGAGAAGCCUCCCAAAGACCUGGGAUACAUUUACUUCUACCAACGUAUACAGAGUUAAUUCCCAGCUGCCCCGUCCCUGGUCGGCCCUCGCUGUGACGGCAAAUAGGAUUGGAGCCUCAUUUUGCAGUGUCUAGGCCCGUGUGGACUUUAUUCAUGGUUCAUCUGAGCAACGUUUAUUUGCCAUUUUUUUCCCUCUCUGAUGGGGGCUGUAGGGCUCCCCUUCUCCCCCUAUAAGUGCAUUGCUUGACCUGUUGCAGGGGACCUAACCUUGAAGUUCUUUGCAGACCAUGUUUCCAUGCUGCGGUUGGGACCAGGCUCUGUAACCAGGACUGGGGUCUCAUUUAUGUGGCGGCUGUUGCGUGAUCUGUAAUUAAAUUGGGCUUGGAGUCCUGGCUUAUUAAGGGGGAUUGAAGGCUCAGGAUGUGUGCUUAAGGUGGUUUGUGUCUAUAUUUAAUCCCAGAGUUCACCCGUGUGAAUAAAGAAGUUCUUUCCAAUCCUUCAAACAUGCCCUUUUAUAAACACACUGCUCUCUGCUAUUAAAGGUGAAAAAAGAACAUUAAA